CUGUCAUCUUACCACAAAAACAAGAAUUCUCCUUGAUCUCUAUCACUGCGUACAUUAUACUCGUUUCAGACCACUAUCCAAAAAAUAAAGAAAAACAAAAAAAAAAUGGUCGACUCAUCCCCCACCUCCUCUGAACAGGCACGGUCGAUGCAGCCUCAGGUACCCGAGUCGGACCCUCCGCCCUACACCACUACUACUGCUACUGCUACUCCACUCCGCUCCACCCAACCCGGCAAUUCCUCUACCACCACUACCACCACCACUGCCUCGCCUGCCAUCGCAUCCACCACCACUACCACAACCAAGAACCAACCCCUCUCCUGGUUCAAAUCCCUCGUCAAAUUCUUCAGCAGAUCCCCCGAGUCGAUCGAAUCCCGCCGUCGGAAGAAAUCCAGACGACAGUACAGCCAGCGGAUUCGCGCCCGCGAGAGAGAACUCCGCACCAGGAGAGAAGGCACCCCGAGCUUCUUUGUGGGCCCUCCGGGUAGUACUGCUACUUGUUGAUAUUCUGCUUUUCGGGGGGUGUAUGAUGGAGAGCGCAUAUACGUAUAUGCGGUUGAAUUGUUGAAUUGUUGGAUUGGCUUCUUCGUCUAUCGCAAUCUUCGAAAGUGUUGCACG